GUGACUGUUAAUCACCAUGCACGCUCUAAUUCGCAAGUCCGCUGCUCAGCUACGAGCAAACUCCCAAUUCAUCCACAUUUCAACAUCUACAGCUCCGUCCAUCAAAGAGACCGGACUUUACGGCUAUCAUCAUUUGAAAACUCCCAAAGGCUUUCAACGAUUCGUUGACGAUGCUAUUGACAGGUCAGAAGAACUUGUGAAGUAUAUAUCUGGCAUGCCGUCAUCUCCUGAAAUUAUCCGAGCAAUGGAUGAGGUUUCUGAUACUGUGUGCUCAGUAAUUGAUUCAGCUGAAUUGUGCAGACAUACUCAUCCAGACAGGUAGUUUGUUGAUGAGGCAGGCAAGGCAUCUCUAAGAGUAAAUGAGUUUUUACACUUGCUUUGGAAGAUUCUCAGUGCAAUGGUUUAUUGACUCUUUUGCUCCUUGGCAUGUAGUACCUUAAUACAAACCAUAGUAUAUACAAGGCAGUAAUAAAAGCAGAAAAAGACAGCAAUUCACUCACACAUGAAGCGAAAAGGGCAGCCCGCUUUCUACGAAUGGACUUGGAGAAGGGUGGAAUCCAUCUUUGCUCUGAAAAACGGGAUCGAGCUAAUGAGCUUUCCAUUGACAUUAUUCAGUUGUGUAGAGAGUAUAAUGAAAAUAUCAUUACUGACCCAGGCCAUGUGAAUAUAUUUCCAGCGUCUAAGAUCCCUAAAAGAUUGCACCACCUUGUCAGCCCUAUCUAUCGUAACCUGUCAGGUGCAUCUAAGGGAUCUCUGGGGUCAAGAGAUAACAUGAAAGAACAAGGAUUUCGCUUAGCAACUGAGUCAAGUACUCUGCAAGGCUUUCUUCAAUGUGUACCAGAUGCUGGGGUCAGGAAGGUGGCAUAUGUCCAAGGAAAUUCUGUUCCACAUGCAAACCUCGAGGUUCUUGAUAAACUUAUUGCAACUAGACACGAGUUUGCACAGCUUAUGGGGUAUAAGUCUUAUGCUGAAUUUGCUCUACAUUCUACUAUGGCUGCAUCUCCUGAAGUGGUCUUAUCCUUUUUGCUUGAGAUGAGCAAAGUGGUCAGACCCAAGGCCGAUCAGGAGUUUGAGGCGAUUCAGAAUUUCAAGAGAGAGAAUAGUGGUGAUCCCAGAGGGGAGUUGGAGCCCUGGGAUGAGGCAUACUUCACGUGGCUGAUGAAGUCUGCAACAUACAAGUUGGACUCCUCGGUUAUUGCAUCAUAUUUCCCUUUACCGCAGUGUAUUGAGGGUUUGAAGGUUUUGGUUGAGUCGCUCUUUGGUGUGACAUUUCACAAAGUACCCCUUGCACCUGGUGAAUCAUGGCAUCCUGAUGUGAUGAAGAUAGUGCUACAUCAUCCUACUGAGGGAGACCUGGGGUACUUAUACCUCGAUUUAAAAUCAAGAAAAGGUAAAUAUCCCAUUUGUGCUCAUUUCGCUAUCCGAGGAGGGCGUCGAGUUUCUGAGACAGAAUACCAACUUCCUGUCGUAGCGCUUGUUUGCAAUUUCUCUGGGUCAAGUUUGGCUCCGGUGAGGCUUAACCACUUUGAAGUAGAAACACUUUUCCAUGAGUUUGGGCAUGCUCUACAUUCGUUGCUUUCAAGAACGGAAUACCAACACUUUUCUGGUACGAGGGUGGUUCUUGAUUUUGCUGAAACUCCUUCAAACCUAUUUGAGUCCUAUGCCUGGGAUUAUCGAGUGUUAAAGACAUUUGCUAAACACUACUCAACCGGUGAUAUCAUUCCCAAAGAACUUGUAGAAUCAAUGGUGGGAGCUAAAAAGAUGUUUGCUGCAACUGAAUUGCAACGGCAGAUCUUCUAUGCAAUAGUUGACCAAAUACUCUUCGGAGAGCAGCCAUCCACAGGGAGAGAUACAAUAGCAAUUGUUGCAGAUUUAAAAAGACAACAUACAAGUUGGACGCAUGUGGAGGGAACACAUUGGCAUACCCGAUUCAGUCACCUUACAAACUAUGGUGCAGGUUAUUAUAGCUACCUGUAUGCGAAAUGCUUUGCCACGAGUAUCUGGCAAAGGAUGUGCCAAGAGGAUCCUUUGUCAUUGGACACUGGUUCGGCUUUAAGAACAAAAUUCUUGCAGCAUGGAGGAGCCAAAGAUCCAGCUGAUAUAUUAAAUGAUCUUGUGGGGAGUGGCAUUGUAAGGAGCUGCAAUGGGGGUAUAAUACCGGACAUUACAAGCCUUUGUGAGGAAAUGGAACUCUUGAAAUGCUAGCAAAAGGAGUUCUAACCCCGCAUUGAGAGUUCUAACCCCGCAUUGAGAAAAAGUAUUCUCUCCCCUGCUAAAUCAUGGCGAGGCCAAGUAUCUGUGCACGCAGAUUGCGGCCCACCAUUGAAGAGUUGGAAUUGAUUUAAGAUGAGGCUUCCCAUCAUAACAGCAACUAAAUAGUGCUGAUCUGAAGAGAUUUCAUCACGGCCAAGCAAGCAAAUUAAAGUAUUUUCGAGCACAUCAUUCUUAAGUUAGCGUUCAGAGAAAACAUCUCAUGGCCAGGCUAUUUAUUGAGCAAUUCUUCAAAGAAACUAAUUGUGUUCAUCAUUUUUUUUCUUAAUUUGAAUAAUGUAUAUUCCAAUAAAACAGAAGAGAUGUAAUGGUUCUAGGAAUAUAUCAAUGUGUGAAAUGAAUUUUGACCGAGGAAAGGUUGUUUGGUUGAUAGCAAA